GACAGGAUGUGCGGACGACCGCGGACCCUCCUGAUGACGAAAAUUGCGUCAUGCAGGGGAAUCACGAUGCCCGCCCAACAACAUGAUGUCAUCGUCUAUCGGCCCAACCCUAACUGCGAUCUUGGUUUUCACAUUUUCUGGGUUGCUAGAUGCACCGGGGACCGGAUUAUAGCACUUAAACACAGAAAAAUCAGAUGACUCCUUUAACAUAUGCUUGCAUGUAGCUUCUUACACAGGGCCUGGAACAGCUUGUACCGUUUGUGGAUUAUGUUUUAAAAGGAUUGACAGCAUUGCAGCUGUUGAAGGAAAGCUUUGUCAGACUUUUAAGCACCAGUCUGAGUUAGAUGCUGUAGAUGAAGUUCUACAGAAUUCUAUUGCACAUGCCUUCACUGGUGGUUUUCAUUGUAGUAUGGUGAUUGGUGAGGUUAUAAUUUUUUCAUCUGUAUGUGGAAAGAUAAUGGAGCUUCUUGGACAGAAUAAGAUCGACCAUCAUCAGAGGCAGGUGGUCAUCCUUAGCCAGGACAGUUUCUACAGGGUACUCACCCCUGAUCAGAAGUCCAAGGCUCUAAAAGGACAAUUCAACUUUGAUCACCCAGAUGCCUUUGAUAAUGAGUUGAUAGUCAAAACCCUGUGCGAUAUCAUGGACGGAAGUACCGUCCAAAUUCCAGUCUAUGACUUUGUUACCCAUUCAAGAAAGGAGGAGACAGUCACAGUGUAUCCAGCAGAUGUGGUUUUAUUUGAAGGAAUCCUCAUGUUUUACUCGCAAGAAAUCCGAGAUCUGUUUCAGAUGAAGCUGUUUGUGGACACGGACGCAGAUACGCGACUGUCACGCAGAGUCCUGAGAGACAUCAGUGAAAGGGGCCGUGACCUAGAGCAAGUGCUGAGCCAAUACAUAACAUUUGUCAAACCUGCCUUUGAGGAGUUCUGUCUGCCAACGAAAAAGUAUGCUGAUGUGAUCAUUCCAAGGGGAGCUGAUAAUAUGGUUGCCAUAAAUUUAAUAGUGCAGCACAUUCAGGAUAUUUUGAAUGGUGGCUUAACCAAACGCUUGAACGGCUACCUCAACGGUCACAACACGCCUCGUAAACGGCAUCCCUCAGAGUCCAGCAGCAGGCCGCACUGACCAGCCCUCUCACAGGAAGUUGGGGAAUGCAAGAGGAAAAGAAUGUUUGAAAGAGGGAUGCAAAAGGACUGGCUGGAUGAAAUGAACGAUUGCUUGUGCAUUCUGUUAAAUAGCCAACACUGUAUUCAAGAAAGAGAAUCUCAAAGACUGCCUUUUUAUUUCCUAUUGCUUCCUACUUUUUGGACUGGCUCCGCUUGAUGUUUUAGGAGUUUAGAGUUCGGGGAUACUUAAAGGUCGACAUUGAUUUUUCUUCAGUAUUUAUUUCAGUAUUUUUUUGUAACUAUUUGCAAGUGUGUUUGUUGGUUAAAUGGGGAGGGGUAAAAUAUUUGACUAUUACGUGACUCCAUGCUAAAAAGGAUUGAGAUUUACUUGCAUUAUUUUUUUAAUGUUGUAAUAUUAUCUUCAACUGUUACUGCUCUUUCAUUUGCAAACAAAGUUUUGUGAUCAAACUUUGUUUUUUUCAUCACUGAAAAACGUAUCAAAGGCCAAAGAUGAUUGGAGUUUUGAAACCCCUUCUGUUUUACUUUUUGCUUGGCAGUGAUGUGUUUUAGUGGUAUGUCAGUUUUUUUACGACGUCCCUCUAAAAUCAGUGUUUAUGGCAGAAAGAUAACUGUUACUUCCUCCGUUUCACUUGAACAAUUCAGGAAGUGUUGCUGAGUCACAACACUCCUCUCAGGGUGUAGUUAUUAUAAUGGAAAACAACUUGUACUGUAUUCUAAAAGGGAACGAGACGUAAUUUCAGAUGAUCCAGACAAAACAUAUCAAGUUGAGAUAGUGCUUUAUUGAUUAAAUAUCCACCUCAAGGAGCUCAUUUAAGUUGGGUAUAUCUUGCUCACUUCUUAAUUCCAGAAGUGCUGUCGGGUGGCAAAGUUGAGAUGCUGAUUCAAUUCUGGACCCCUGGAAUAAUACGUGCCAGUCAAUGAUUUUGAGCUAGUUAUUAAGAGAUUUCUGUUCAUGUACUAUGCACUGUACCCUUAACUCUAAUAAUGCAUUUUGACACUCAGUUUAUGACACUUUCAUUAGAGUGGAAUUUCGAGAAAUAAGUUUGAUGUUUACUUGAAAUUUAUACUUUUCUCAAAGUCUCUUGUCCAUUGUCUCUACUUGCAGUUUUCCAUUGUCUCCUUCAUGGUUUUUAUUUUUAAAUGAUUUACCACCUGGCCACCUGUAAAAUAUACACCAUGAUGCCAACUUGGUCAGUAUUUGAUUAAACUAAUUUAGUAUUUUUUAACCAUUCACAUUUCAAGUUGUUUGAUAUACAUUACACAUGCAGUGAUUAUUUUACCGUGUAGCUAAACAUAUGGGAUUGCAGAGGUACAGAAAAGUAUUUUCAUUUAACUCCGCUCCAAUCAUUCAGGGACUUGGGUUGUAAAAUGCCCAACCGUUGACCCAGGGUUUUCACUUAAACAAUCUGACCUUGACUCUGAAUUGAUCCUGUGUCUCUUUCCUUUGAUCUUGAAAUUUUUAACUUUGUGUAAUGUUCACACAUAAAUGGGUUAAUCAUUUAAGGACUAUUCAGUCCCAUUAUUUUGCACUUCACUAUGUUGUACAUAUUUUCUACCUUAGCUUAUAUUUUUUUCUUCUGCAUUGCUGCUAUGAAACAGGGUGACUCAUUUGCCAUCCAGUGUAAAAACAGUUAUGAAUAUAUGUGUGUUUUUGUUUUUGACAUGAGAGUAAACUCAUUAAGAUUAUUUUUUUAAUCAUAAUCAUUUUUUAUUUGGGCAACAUGCAAAAAUAUCAAAUUUUGUGACUUGAAUGCUUGUAUUGACCCCUGUGCUAUUUGUUUGGCAGCAGUUAUAUAAAUAAUUAUUUUGUGUCCAA